AUGCCCCAAUUACAUCACCCGGAUCACUCUUUUCAAAACCCGCAAAGCCGCCAAGCGCCACAACGCAAAAAGGAUUAUCUUGUACCUUUUCAACGGUUGAUCAAAUCCACCGCCCGAAUUCCGAUCAAGGUUGAUCCUCAGGCCGGGCUGAAACCGAUACCUGUCCACAAGCUAACCCUAAUACGCCCGAGGACAAAGGACUGCGGCGGUGGCGGCGCUUAUACGCCGCAGUAGCAGGUACAAAUCUUCCUACGCACGAUAGUUUGGGAUCCUCCGUAAUCGAUAUCAACGCGCUGUGCCCAAGGGUUGAAAAGAGACGACUGCAAACCUUCCAAAGAGGCGGAGCUAACCGUAGCUGACCCUAAAAGAUCGUGUAGGUACACCACUCGAAGGUGCAAAAGGUAGCGCGCGAUAAGUCGUGAUCUCUCACUCUCUUUCGCCUGCCGAUCACUCGUCGGGCCGUCUCGUUCCACCGUCCAUCCCGAUCCGGGACCGGUCCAGCUCUGUUUUGUUGCCGUUUCGCUCCGACUCUCUGGCAAGAAUCACCUGUUGCUGCUGCAGAGAUUCGGAGCUUUUCGGAGAUCGCACGCGGGAUCAACUCUACGAUCGGGAUCGCCGCAGCACUCCAAGUCAGUUGAUUACGAAACUUCAACGCAAUUAGACGCGUUUUCUGGACCGAGCAGCAGGUCGUCGCGAGUUUAUUUUCUGGAAGAGCGUUUUUGAGAGUUUGUUUGUCGGUUUUUUGAUUUUUGUUUAUUACCACUGGAUGAAAGCAGAGUGAAUCUGGACUACGAAGUUGUGAACUUUAAUGACGGUUAAUUGCGCGUUGAGAGUGGAACAAGUAGCGCGAGGUUGUUUAGCGUGAUUGCGCGGGACUUGAAAGAUCGAUCGUUGAUCGAGUGCGAAGGAAGCCAGGAAUUUGAUAAUUGGAUAAGUGAUUUCCAAGGACUUAGCAAUGAGUUCGACGUACAUGCAGUACAACCCAGCGUCCAUGAUGUACGGUGGAGGUUUGGAGUCGUCGUACAAUCAUUACGGGAUGGGGACCGGUGGUCAGUGUUACGGGUACGGAACGGACGGAGCCUCUUCGGAUGGGUAUCAUAGUCCGGGGCCGGUGUUCAGCCCGGAAUCGUACUAUCCUGGAGAAAAUUACGGAUACAACGGACCCAACCCGGCAACCAACGGAGAACCUUACUACAGCUACACAAGCAACAACUUUAAGACCGCCAGCCCAACGAUUCCAAAGUUGAUCCCGUCUUCAGGAAGUUCAACCGCCAAUUACCACUCAACCCGAUACGGCCAGGAUCAACCAACUCCGCUCAAAGCAACCAACUACGAUCGGAUCAGCUAUAGUCCGUACAGCAUCCCGACAAAACGCAGUCCAGACUCCGCCACAACAACCCUUCAACAGCAACCACCGGCAACUUCCCCAACGCCGAGCACCUUCAGCAACGACAGCAGCAUUAGCAGCAAUCCGGAUGGAUCCCCAGUUCCCCUCCAACCGGAGGUCGUCAAGAAGCGCCGAUUGGCGGCAAAUGCCCGCGAGCGAAGACGCAUGAACAGCCUGAACGAUGCGUUUGACCGGCUUCGUGACGUGGUUCCUUCGCUGGGUAGCGACCGUAAGCUGUCCAAGUUCGAGACGCUUCAGAUGGCACAGACCUACAUUGCAGCGCUCAACGAGCUGCUGACAAGGAAUUGAGAGAUCUUGGUGGCGCAGUAGGCUGUUCGUGGUCGUCGCCAGGUUAACCUUGAUAACUUAGGUUCACGAGUCAAAUUCGUUAACGUAUGUUAACGAUUAGCAAAUAAAUCAGCCAGGCUACUGCGAUGUCCUCGCAGUCUCCAAAAUUGAUGUAAAUAUUGAUCACCUAAGUUGUAGACGUGUUACGUCGCACUCCGCUAGCAGACCAAUUAUUAGGUUUAAUAUAAUUACCGUAGGUCGUCAGGCAAACACAAGUUUGAAAUUAUCUAGAAAUAGCUUAAAACGCGAUAAGUUCCUCGUGUAAUUUUCGUCUAACCAUCCCCGUCAAGAAUACGAGACAAGGUCGACGAAACAAUCACGGCUUGGACCCGAACAAAACGUGCUUAUGCUAACAUGUAAAUAAUAUUUUAAUCGAGCUUUGGCCGCCCGUUUGUCCCGCGUGGCGGACCCUCGGCAGUUGGCUCCGAAGUGGCGAUUAUUGGCCAAUUAUCGAAUUACCAAGGCUGCCGUGGGUCAACCUCCAAGAUCUUCGGGUGGCGUCAAGAGCUCACGCGCGCUGCACAGGAAAAAUGUGGACUGAUUCGAUUAGGGCUUUAAAUUGUACGUACGAUGGUGAAGAAAAGGAGGAAGAAGAAGCAGUUUAACGUUUUAGGUUAAAUAUUGGACGCGAACGAGAGAAGGAGAAGGUAAAAUCAGAAGCACUAAGAGAAACAAGACUUGUACCUCGUAAAUUAUAUCGUUUAAGGUGCGCACCCAGCCAGCCUGAUGCAUCAUCAUCGGCUGAGGUGCAGGAAAAAGGUGAAGAAAAAAAGAUUGUGUUUAUGUGUAAAUAUAUAUGAAAUAUAGAUAAUUGUGCAAUUGUAAGAUUGUUGAGUGAAGGACGUACGAGCUCGUUCAGAGUGAGAGGUUAGAAAUAAGUCAAAAUAAAAGCAUGUUGUUUGA